AUGGUAGUUUAUUUAUCUCUUGUAAUUAUGCUCUUUGGGAGAACCUUAGUGUUUUACAGUCUUUCUCCUUACUAUUCAGCCCUCGGGCUGGUAAUAGUUUCUGUCUCUGGUUGUUUGGUUCUCUCUUUUUUAGGGGGGUCUUUUGUGGCUCUGGUCUUACUCUUGGUUUACAUGGGUGGAAUGCUCGUCGUAUUUGCCUACUCUAGUGCCAUAUCUGCUGAGCGAUUUCCUUCUGUUAACAAUCUAGGGGAGGUAAUUGGCCUCUCUUUUCUUUUGUCCUCUUGAGUUUUCAUGUCUUUUGAUAACUUUCAAGAUUGUGGGAAUGUGUUCUAUUGUUUGGUGAGAGGAGAAAGGUUGGUAGGUAGAGGUACGUUGUAUGGUAGUGGUGGUGUAUUAGCUAUCUUGGGCGUGUUUGUUCUCUUGAUAGCUUUAGUUGGAGCUUUAAUAAUUUCUCGUGGCAUUGAGAGCACAGUAAUUCGGGCUAUUUAG